AUGUAAACACAUCACUUACUUGCUACUCUAAGAAUUGAAAAACCAAACUAAAAGCCAUAAUUCUUGAAAAUAAUGAAAGAUCAUAACAUUGUUAAUUGCACUAAUGAACAAAUUGAUUAGGCUUGGGAACAUUGUUAAUAAAAAGAAUAUAAAUAAGUUAUAGAAGUUUUAUAAUAACAGAGAUAGAGAAGUAUUUCAUUAAAUUCUCAAAAAAUCUAAACAAAAUUACAACCACUUGUUUAAAUAUUUGAUAAAAUGGAUAAUAUUAGAAAAAGAGAAGGUAAUGAAAAAGAAAUUAAUAAAUAAUUGAUUGCCUUAAAAUUUGAAGCAGAAAGAAAAUUAAAAGAUUUUAUUAAUGAAUCAUGUUUAGAUCGUAGUUUUACUCAAGUAUUAUAAGAAAAGAUAGUAGAAUUUCAAGGAGAAAGAAAUAAAUUAAAUGAAGAAUAAGGCAAAGAAGGUAGUAAGAAAGCAUAAUAAAGAUUGAUUGAUCGCUAAAAGAUUAGAUCUGCAAAAUAAUAAUAAUAAAUUUAAUUUGUCUUACACAAUGAUGAUAAUAAAAUAAGAGCUUAAGCAAUCUGUACAAAAUUACUUAAUACUUCGGUCCCUAGAUAUAAAUCAACAUUGAAUGAUAAAUAAGAAUAAAGAAUAAAUAAAAUAAUGAAUACUAAGUUUUUAUUAUGA